CCCCUAAGAAUCUGGACAGUGUCUGAGUUUACAAAAGGAAAAUAUAUAAUGGUUUGUACUCCUACUGCAGUGGAUGGAGACCUAAGCCAUGAGCUAAAGCUGAUGUGGCCAUAACAGUGGCUCCUCCAGCACCAGCAGCAGAGGCGGGAGGAGGAGGAAGAGGAUGACACUGAGCAACUGCUACUACACAAGCUGUGCCUGGAGCAGCUUCACAAAGAGCUGCACUGUUCCUGGGCUUGAGAAACCAGCAUCGAUUAGUGGGAGAGAAUCAUUCUCAGCCCUGGCAGGCUGAGCAGUGGCAACAGUACAACUCCCAAUUACAAGACAUAUGUACUUCAGCCAAGAGCAGUAGCCUUACUGCCUUUAUGGGCAUGCGGUGUCUGUGCCUACAUCUGCCGCAUGUGACCUUCAGAAAGUUAGCAUCCCUAGGAAUGACCUGAAGAAUGGAAACGCUUCUAGUUCACAUCCACCAAAAAUGGCAGCAGCGGAACCACACAGGUAAACAGAAAAGUCGGUUAUGGAUGUCCGCAAAGCAGUGUGGGAUAGCAGUUGGAGGACUGCCAAAGUAAUUCACAGCAGCAGCGUAAGCAUGGAGCAAAGCGCUGUAUCUAACCCAGGCACAGCUCAGCCAGAGGUUUCACAGUGCAAGGACUUGGAUCACAGAACAGGGACUUCAGAAGAGACCAACAGCUCUGUGCCGUCCAGAGGUGAAAGUGAGGCUCCACAGGAUGAGCUCACAAAUUUGGGUGGAACCAAGGUGGAACAACGGGUGAAAUAUGUGGAAGACAAACUCAGGGAAAUGAAUGCUCGAUUUGAAGGCGCAGAGAAACGACUAGAGGUUUUGCAAGAACGGCUCAGUCAGGAAGCAGCAAGUGAGACUGAUUGCUGUGGCUCCAGAUCGCAGGAAGCCUCCAACAAUAGUCAGUGCUUUGCAAUUCAGAACCCUGGAUUGGAGUCUGUCUUGGCCAAUGCAAUGAGAAGCCAUAAGUUCUCUGAGUACCUGAAUGACCCUUGUCAAGAAGCAGAUGCGCUGGAAAUGUACAACGGGCUCAGGACACAUGAAUGGGAGAAAGCCAAAUGUGCUGCAAGUGGCUCUGCCUUCCCAAUGACAUAUGAAAAAGGUAGCACCAUAAUUAAGGCUGUGUUUUCCAUAUGUGAAGAAGACCUGUCACAAAGACUGAAGCAAAUUUUUGAACUCCUUGAGAUUCCAGUUUCAAAGAAAACCACAAGCCUCUUUGACAGCCAACAGCUGCCCCCUGGGCUGGCAAGAGAGAUAAAGAAUCACCUUAAAAAUCUCUAUUUUAACUAUGGAGAAGACUUUUACCAAGCCAAGAGUAGGCCUUCACUUCCUCCUGAUCUACAGAUGUUUCAGCCAUUUGUACAUUUCACAGCAGAGUGCUACAAAAUUUACUGUUUGUUGCUUCUUCAGAACCCACCCAUUAAAGCUGUGUGGCCCACAGAGGAAAAAAUCCCAAUCUCGUGCAUACAGCAUGUGGACAAUAAAAACGUGGAGGAUAGGAUGCCAUUAAACUUUCUGUGGCCCGUGCUGGCAUGUGGGAGGCUAGUAUUUAAGAAAGCUGUAAUCUAUGAUUAAAUGGAAUGGCUGUUUGGAAUCUGAUUAUACCUCUGUGUUAUAAAACAAUUUAAAAAAAAUAGUGAAAGAGCAGCCUUGCAGUUUGUAUCUUUUUUUAUUCAGGAAAUUCUCAGGUUUUAGCUCGUGUAGCAUAUACUCCUGGAAGGGGAUGUGACAUAGAGACCACUGGUGCCUGCUGGCAAAGGGGUCACUGCUUUAUAGCAGCAAAUCCUAACUGGCUUGACAAGCUCACUAUACCUUGCACACAGCUUUCAUAGUAGUUAUCCAUAAAGAAUGCCAUGAGAGGUCUCAAAACCAUGGUCACACUGGUCAUUAAUAGGGUUGUGAAAUGUAUGUAUAGAUAUUAUGUGAGGGGUUAUAUGCCUGUACUGGAAAUAUGUUUAGAUUCGGUAUCAAGGUAUGAGUCACCAACCAAAGAGAAAGGAGAUAAUAUGUGUCUCUCUCUGCCAAAAUGUAACUUAAGAUUAUAGGCUAACAAAAUGGAAUCCCCAUCUACACAGGAAGUCACCAGAGCCCCGGGAAGUCAAUAGAGAAGAGCACACUGGAAAAAACAAGUGAUGGGGGAGUGAUACCGCCCCUGACUAGAGACAAUGAACUUUGGGAGAUAUAGGGAGAAGACAAAAAGACACCCUUUUAUCCUGAACCUAGGAAGUAAAUGAACAGUAGUUUACAUUUGUGAAAACAGGAUCUCAGCCAACCUUGGCUGAAACACUGCAGAAAAGGCUUUGGGUAAAAUAAACUUCUUUCGAAAGGGGUUUGGCUUGUGAAGUUAAGUUGAGUCUCUAGAAAGCAUGUAUUCAUUUUCUUGUAUAUGUCUUAUGGUUUGGUUGCUGAUUUCUGUUCCCCCCGUCACACCUUUCUACUCCUGGAAUGCCAGACAUGGACACAAUAUUAUCCACUCAAACUGACCUAUUCACUUCUGCAUUUAACUUUGGACUCUCCAAGAUACCCAUCUUCAAACAAAUUAUCUAGCAUCUCAGCUUAGAAUUAUAAAACAGGACAAGAGUACAAUU